CCGUUGCGGCUUCGGGCCGCCCGGGGUCGGCGGCGGCCCGGCGUCAGGUAGCGCCUCUCCCGUCCGGAGCGCUCGUUCCCUCCUCACGUUCCACCUUCCCCGCGUCAGCGCCCGGACGGGCUCCCGGGGAGGCGGCCGCCCCUCCACCGAUAGCCGCCUCCUGGCGCGGAGGCUCCCGGCGGGACAUGGCGGCGGAGGGCGGGCCCGAGGAGGGGGAGGCCGGGCGUCGCGCGCCCCCGCCCCGUUACGCCGUCAUCAGGCGGGCCGGGAGACGUGGCGGCGCCCCGUUCGGCUUCCGACCCAGAGGCGCGCUCGGCCCCGCCUCGGGCAGGCAGGCCCGGCCGCCGGGGAGGGGAUGUCGUCGGCCAGCGAAGGCCCCGCCGCCCCGCCGCCGCCGCCCGCGCAGGAGAGCGCAGCGCCCGCCGCCGUCCCCCGCAUGGCCCGGCGGCCCGAGGUGCUGUGCGGCGCCGCUGUGGUGCUGGGCUGCGCCUGCCUGCUGGCGCUGCGGGCCUCGUGCAGCCGUGCAAAAGACGUGACGAUGCCUGCCAAGCUGCCCAUCAGCUUCUUCCCUGCAACGUCAUCAGUCCACGAUCUCUUUCUUGGGCAGCUGGACCUAGCGGAGGACAUCCGUCAAAGUUCAGAGAUCUCCCUGGUUUUUUUCUACGCUCCCUGGUGCGGCCAGUCAGCCGCUGUGCGGGAAGAGAUCGAGCAAGUAGCAAAGAGCCUGGCGGACCAGGUGUUGUUUGUAGCCAUCAACUGCUGGUGGAACCAAGGGAAAUGCAGAAAACAGAAGCAUUUUUUCUACUUUCCCGUGAUCUACCUGUACCACCAGAGCUUUGGGCCCAUCGAAUACAAAGGGCCAAUGAAUGCUGUUUACAUUGAGAAAUUUGUCCGCCGGGUGAUGACUCCCCUCCUCUACAUCUCAUCUCAGUCCAAACUGCAGUGGUUCCUCUCCAGUUACGAGCCCAGCAUCCUGGGAUAUUUUGAGUUCAAUGCUUCUCCGCAGCCCCCCGGCUACCUCACCUUCUUCACUUCGGCCCUGCACUCCUUAAACAAAGAUUACCUGGGAACCAUUCGCUUUGGGGUGAUCACUGAUCGGCUGCUUGCCAAGGAAGUCGCACUGACUGACCCGGGCACCAUCUACUUGCACAGACACAUCAACGCGUCCCUUCUCUAUCCCCACAAAACCCUGAACUUCACUGCUGAAAACGUUUGGAAGUGGGCCCUGGAGAACCGUGAGACCUUCCUCCGCUGGCUGAGACCCCACGGGGGGAAGAGCCUUCUGCUGUACAACGAGCUGAAGAAGGGGCCGGCCCUUUUCCUCUUCCUGCCCUUCGAUCCGCUGGCCGAGAGCCACCCCCUCCUGGAUGAGAUUUCCCAACUGGCCUUAGAGUACAAGACCUGCAACCGGAGCCAGCAAGAGGACGUGGAGCCCCAGUCCCUGCAGGGAGGGGCCCCCCCGGGGCCUGCCGGUCUCCGCCUCCCCACAGCUGAAAGCUCCUCCAGCCCCUCCUGCUGCAACACGGUGUUGCUGCCCGCCCAGUGGCACGGCCUCUCCCGGACCCACAAUGUCUGCGAGCUGUGCAUCAACCGGACGGGCGGGGUGCAGCCCAGCCCCCUGGUGCGCCUGCGCUGCAGCUUCGUGGCCAUCAAGGCAGCCAUGGACUCCUUCUGCCUCAAGGAACAGACCUUCUUCCACGCCGUGUCCCAGACGGUGUCCUGGUGCAGCCACUUCCUCAGCUUCUACAGCCCUUUCGGCUCCUACAGCGCCUGCUGCAGGACGAUGAGCAGGGACCUGCUGGACUUGGCCGAAGGGGCCUCCCUCGCCCCCCACGGAGAGAGCCAGGCGGAGGGCGUCCCCGAGCCUCUUCCUCACAUUGAGGAGCCGGCCGGCCUCCCUGGCCUCAGCUGCAGGACCAACAAGAGCCUCAACCUCUACCUGCUGGACUCCAACCUCUUCUGGAUUUAUGCAGAGAGGUUGGGGGCCGCUGGCUCUCCCCCCGUGAAGGAGUUCGCUGCCAUCGUGGACCUUCAGGAAGAGGUGCAUUACGUCCUGGGCCAGAAACGGGCCCUCUUGAGAGCCAGUCUGGAAGCCUUCAUCCGCAACUACACCGUCCUCUUCAGCCCCUUGCAGAGGCACCUCGUGGGUGACCCCCGGCCCAGCCAGACCCGCCUGCAGCCGCACCUGGUUCAGGAAGUCACCACCGGCACUUUCCACCAGCUGAUUCUGAGGAGCCCAAAGGCUGUCCUGCUGCUGUAUUACGCCCCCUGGUGCGGCUUCUGCGCCUCUCUCAGCCACGUCUUCAUCCAGCUGGCUCGGAUCCUGCCCCCCAAACGCUUCAUGGUGGCCAGGAUCGACGUCUCUCAGAACGAUCUCCCCUGGGAGUUCAUGACCGACCACCUCCCCAACAUCCUCUUUUUCCCUCAUGACCGGAAGGACCAGAGCUCCAAGUUCCCCGUGACUUCCCUGAUCAGCCUGCCCAACCUACUGAGGUUCAUCCUCCGGCACUCCAGCCCACCCUUCCUGGCUGAGGGUUGGGGGCCCAGCCUCUGGCAAGAGACCGACCUCCAGCAGGCACGCAUCGCCCACUUGGAAAAGGAAAUCCGGCUGCUGAAGGCUGAGAUCCGGGUCCUUCACCAGGCCCAGGGGCAACUGCAGGGGCAGCUGUCUGAGACCCGGAGCGAGAGCCAGCGGCUGCAGCGAGAGACCCACGCCCUGAAGCAGCAGCAGAGCCACCAGGAGCAGCUGCAGGGGCUGUGCAGCAAGAGGACCUGGCAGCUGGAGGAUAUGGCCGAGAAGCUGCGGAAGCUGGCCGAGGCCUCCGAGACCCUCCUGACCGAGAACGCCUUCCUGAAGGUCCUGCUGGCCAUUGCAGAGAAACACCGGGCGGCAGAGCCGGGCUCGGAAGGCGGCAGCCGGCCCACCGAGGACCCCACAGGCCUCCCGUCCCCUGGGCGGGACCACUUCCCCCAGGUGGAGGAGGGGGGGGCUGCCCCACUGGACUCCAGGGUCCCCACGGAGCACAGCAAGGAGAACUGGACAGAGUAGCUCUGCGAAGCCUGGAAUAACAAGGAAGCAGAGUCCGGGGCAAACUUUAUUGGAAGGUCACCAGGUGGCCUCCCUCCCUUUGCUGGGCUGGAGAAAUGAGAGUUUUUUUAAUGAGCCAUGGACCCACAGCGGGAGCUCUCGGGGUUUGUGAAAUUGUCAAAUUGCAGGGAUUCUUCUUUGCACUUUAAGAUUGCACUAAUUUGAUAGAUUUUGUAUCAGUUUAACCUAAAUUAAACAAUUUGGAGGGUGGCCACCACCAACAAGCCAAGAUGACUCUUA